AGGAGGGUCAAGUAAUUAUCAGCUAGUAGCUACUAACAGCUAGUGUGUCAGUUGAUGUUUAAGAUUUGAUCAUAUAUUAUAAUGCGACUGUUGAUCAUUGUGCUGGUGUUGGGAUUGGUAUGCCAUGCCAGUAAAGUGAAUGAUGGAAAUGAUGAUGCCUAUUUUCCAGCAUUUGGAUUUUCGGAUUCUUUCGACUGGACACUAUUUAAAGAGUUUGCAACACAAAACCGGAAUGUUCUCCUUUCCCCUGUGAGUCUUAAAGUCAUCUUAGCUCUCCUUUACCAAGGUUCUAGUGAAGGUACAGCUAGAGAAUUCCAAAGUGUUCUACAAUUUGGUGAUAAAAAGACGGUUCUUGAGCAUUAUGGUCGAAUGCUCACAUCAUUACAGGAUUCUGAGAGAACCGAGUACUUGCUCAACCUAGGAACUGCGAUAUUUUUAGAUAAACAAAUAAAGACUAAACCAUAUUUUGAUCAGAUAUCCAAGGACUAUUUCAGGACACUCAUAAAGCCAACCAAUUUUUCUAAUACAGAAAAUGCUAGUAGAAACAUCAACCGUUGGGUUCGAAAUUUAACCCAUGGCAAAGUUAGUCAGUUGGUAUCUCCAGAUGAUCUCACACAAACUAUAAUGUUGAUCACUAAUGCUGUUUACUUCAAGGGAACUUGGACCCACAAGUUCCCAAAGAACCAAACUUUCACGGGGAAAUUUUAUUAUUCUGAUGACUACCGUGACAAAUCUAAGCUGAUAACGGUUAAUGUUCCAUUCAUGUCGACGACUGAUGAAUUUUUUUUUCAAGAAUCAAGUUCCUUAGAUGCUAAAGUAUUGAGACUGCCAUAUAAAGGAAGUUCUUAUUCCAUGUUCUUUAUCUUGCCGAACUCUCUAGGAGGUCUACCAGAACUGAUGAAGAAAAUACAUCUUGGAACUAUAUCAGAACUUCUAUAUUCUCUAGACAAGAGAGUAGUCGAAGUGAAUAUUCCGAAAUUCAAAUUCAAUUUCUUGGCGAAACUAGCAGACACUUUGAAAGAAUUCGGAUUGCACCAAAUGUUUCAAAAUACGGCUAGCUUCACUGGCAUAGUUGAAUGGAAUAGUACGUUAUUGAGGCAACUAGUCGUGUCAGACAUCAUCCAAAAAUGUGGUAUUGAAGUCGACGAACAAGGAAGCGUUGUUUAUUCAGCUACAGAUGUGAAUAUAGGUAAUAAAUUCGGAGAGGCAAAUGAUGUUUUCAAUGCUACACACCCCUUUUUGUUUUUCAUUGAGGGGCCCAAUGGAACUGUUUUGUUCAUUGGAAAAGUCGAAAAUCCACUGGAGGAAGAACAAAUUCCACUGCCAAGUAGAUGGGGAAAUAUACAGAAUAAAAUCGAUGAGAGUCAGCCGGCUAACGCUCAAAAUGUACAGUCCAUGCCAGAAAUGACUGUCGAAGAAAUUAGACCGGAACAAAAUGAUGAAACUUCAGGAUCGUCUCCAAAUCUAUCACCAAAUCUGUCACCAAGCUCGGACUCAGACUACGUGUCAGAAGAUGUUACUAAGGAUGAAAUAGCUGACAGGUUCAAUUUGUUCGACAUUGAACUACUCAAUGCAUUCACUGAUACCACAACGAACGUUUUCAUAUCUCCUGCGAGCAUCAAAACAACAUUGGCUAUGAUAUUGGAAGGAGCUGCUGGAAAUUGUGCAAAUGAAAUCAGUGAAGCCCUAAGAAUACCCGAUAUAAAUCGCAAAGGAGUUAGAGAUAUUUUGCUGGGUCUUUUGAAUAAUAUGAAUGAGCGAGGUGAGAAGACAUCCAUAGAAAGUUAUAAUGCCAUAUUUACCUCAGACCAACAUACUAUAUUAGAAAAAUACAGGGAUGCUGUAAGGCAGUUUUAUGGGGUUGUGUUCAAGACUGUCGAUUUCAAUAAAAUAGCUUCUGCUGUCGAGAAGAUCAACCAAUGGGUGUCUGAUUCAACACACGGGGCUAUCACAGAAAUUGUAUCACCACAAACACUCAGUACAAAGAGCAAGGUAGUGAUUGCAAAUGCACUUCACUUCAAAGGUGCAUGGCAGAAUGCUUUUGACAUUAAUAAUACCGUUACUAAAUGUUUUCACACAGCAAAAGGCUGUGUUUCAGCACCUAUGAUGCAUGUGUCUGAGGAGUUCAACUAUAACUAUAUCAGUAGCUUAAGAGCUCAUGCAGUUGAAUUACCCUACCAGGGUAAAUUCUCAAUGUUGAUACUUCUCCCUGCCGAAGAUGCAAACAUCAGAACAGUUAUUAGAGAUUUGCCACAUUUCAGACUAUCCGAAAUUUUGCAUAAAUUGAAAUCUACAGAUAUUGUUCUGGAAAUACCAAAAUUUGCCUUCGAAUACUCGGCUGAUAUGGUAGAAUAUCUUGGAAUGUUGAAGGUGAAGGAAAUUUUUGGAUCCAAUGCCAAUUUGUCAGGAAUUAUCGAAGGAGGCAAUGUCCUAGUGAACAAUUUAGUACACAAAACGAAAAUAGAAGUUGACGAAGAUGGAACUGUGGCAGCAGCAUCUACUAGCGCUAUAAUCAUUCCUCUCAUGGGAUCUCUUUCAGUGAUAGCUGAUAGACCCUUCGUUUUCAUCAUCUAUCAUAAGGAAUCCCAGAAUAUUAUAUUCGAAGGUGUCUUGAGGAAUCCUGUUGAACAAAGCCCUACAUACAAUGUGAGGAUCGAUGAUGUUCCAGCGUCUCUGAAACAACAAAUGACUUUCAGGAGCCGACAAUUUAAUUUUUAAUACAUUUUAUACUUUGAUCUGAAACUUCCAUUUCAGCUUUUGGCUGCUCUCUGUUUUGAAAACUUUUGUAUGCGAAAACUUUUGUAAAAUAAAUUAUUUUAAGUA